AUGAGUGCUGUACACAAACGGAGCUGCCAGUCCUGUAACAAGACCUUUUCCAAGGCGGAGCAUCUCACCCGCCAUCUUCGCAGCCAUACCAAAGAACGCCCCUACGCGUGUUCCAUCUGCGGCAAGUUGUAUUCUCGCAGUGAUGUUCUGCGACGACAUGAGAAGAGCCACCGCAAUGCCUCGGUCUCAACGCCAGAGCACCCGGAUCGGGAUACUACCAUGCUCACCCCUUUCUCCCAGGAAACGCACAAUCCCCCGUUGAUCCCAGACUACUCCGCCAACGUGUCUGGGAUAUCUAGUCACUCUCUCGGUGCCAAUGAGCUUCAGUCGAUAGACGCCCAGUCACUUCAUGAUCCCAUCCUCAAUAUCGAUUCAAGCUCUUGGUUGCUGGGGACUGAGCUGGACGUCGAUGCCUUGGACUUUACAUUAUCGUCGGCUGUAUCAGAGUGGGCACAGCUACCUUCGCGUCCCUUCUCAGCGCGUACAGGCGAUGUGUGCACCUUGGAUACGUCUACGCCAAUACUUACAGGGGCUAUGCCGACACAUCCUCAACAGCAACCGGCCGACCACGUGAGGCAAAAAUGGUUCACUCGGCUGACCGUCGAGGAAGGCAUGUGGAACGCACAGUCGGCGUUCACCAACCGUGGGAGCUCCAUGGGCCAGGGAAUCGUCGCGGCUGACGAGAAUUACCGGGCCGGCCUGUCACAGAGGCUCCAGCCUCGCAUGCAUGAUGAGAGUCUCCCAUCUUCUGACCAACUAAACCUUUUCGCGAACCUCUUUUUCAGCCGAUUCAACUCGCUCCUGCCUAUCGUGCAUUUACCAUCGUUCAGACCCACCAUGGAAAACUCUUUACUUUUCAUCUCAAUUUGCUCGGUUGGCAGCCUGUUCGUAGGAUCCGCCUCUGCUGUUGCGCAAGGGAUCCGUCUCUUUGAGCGAUUGAACAAAGCGAUUUUGGCAUCCUGGGAGGCCAUCUUGUCAAAUAGCCCCUCUGAUGCCUUGUCAAUGGUGCAAGCCGCCGUUCUUGGUCAGACUUUUGCGAUUCUAUCGGGCCGUCCUAAAUCCCUCGUUCUGGCAGAUGUGCUACAUGGUACAGUAAUGGCGUGGGCCCGAGAGUCUGCUAAAACUGCGCUUCAAGUACCGUCUGAUCCUCGGACCUUGGACCCAACCAGGAACGAUCUGGAUGAGCAAUGGAGUCGGUGGAUUGAUCACGAGCAGCGAAGGCGGGUGGAAAUUGCCUUCGAUAUCCACGACGCGGAGCUCGCAAGUCUAUUGCACCACGAGCCUUUGCGUAAACAUCGAUUCGGUCAAUACCCACGUGUAGCCCCUGAUGCAUUGUUUACCGCACCCACCGCGUCACGUUGGGCAGAGCUCUACAAGAAAUCGCCGACGCAGAACUCAUCAUUCGUGAUUCCAGAAGACCCUCUUCAGACAGCCGUCGCAUACUCCAAGUUCUCAGCGUACGGAGCCCUGGAAAGUAUAAAUGCACAUGUCAUUGAAGCCCGGCGGUCGAAUACUUUCGACGAACAUGAAUCUCGACGACUGUCAAACAUGCUCAUGCGAUGGUGGAGAAUAUUUACCAGCCACUUCCACCACGAAACAGAAUCCGACUCUUUCAGUUUACCGGUUCUGUGGCACUCUGUUUUCAUCAGUAUCUAUGCCGAUAUAGACCUGCUGGAGCAAGCCAUUGGCCGUGAUGGCCAGGAGUUUGCUAGCUCCAAAGCCUCUCUCAUCCGUUCAUGGGCUAGCUCCCCGGAUGCGAGUAGGUGUUUGGUACAUGCGCUACUAAUCCAGCAAAACCUUGAGCGGAUGCGCGUGUCAUCAGAGCCGGCAAUCCACAUACCUCGUGCUCUUUUCAGCGCAGCUUUGGCGUGGUUUUGCUUUACUCGCGUAGGUGGUCGACAUGCGAUCGACACCAACGCAUUUGAUGCGCCCGAGAUCCAGCUGGUAGGGAGUUUUGCAGGUCUCCAAACCCCUCAGGGUCAAGAUUUGAGCGACGCUGCUUUCGCCAACGUCAGCCACUUACACCGCUUGAUUGAUCUCCUGAACCGGUUCAACCGAUGGGGCAUUUCACAAACGUUUACCUCGGUUUUGUGUGCUGCAUUGGAGAAUAAGCAGAGUCCAUGA